UGCCCAGAUCUGUCAGUCCCACCUGGUGAGAUCAAAGUCAAGGCCAUCCUGAAGAAUAAAAAACCCAUGGCUGUGCCAUCUCAUCAGAAGAGAGAUAGAGCUGGAAAUACAGUUGUUUCAGCACAGGCUGUUGCCACUUCCCAUGAGAAAGAGAAAUCUGGGAAUACUGUCUUUUCAGCACAAGCUGGUGCCUCUGGGAUAUGGCCCCCUCUACUUCUUCCCAAUAUAGUAGGGCCAUCACAGAGAAGGCUGGAAGUAUGGCCAUCACAGCAGCACAUGCUACCACCACUACUUAGUAUGGCUAUCACAGCAGCACAGGCUACCACCACUACUUACCUGAAGAAAUUGAACCAUGCAGUUCAACCUCAGAAGAAGGAGGGCUUACCUGACCAGAGAGCUAACGAAUCCAAACACCCAAUCCCCAGGCCCGGUGUGAGAGACAGUCACAGGAGUCUCACAGUGGCUAAAUCUCAGAAGGACUUAGACCCUCUGUCCACUUUCAUGAUGUUACGGUCCCAACAGAGACCCUCCGUCUCUGUGUCGCCUCAGAACUAUACAAGCACCCAGACAGAGUACUGUGGCAACCAGUUUUCACCACAACAGGGGUUUGCGAAAGAGGAGAGGUGUCUGCUAGAGUUCCACUGUAUGAACCCUCUAGCGGCUCAGCUGAUGUUGAGGAGGUGCCCCUCUCGCCACUGGCUCCUGGGAGCCUCCCUCUCCCAGCUGCAGGAGCUGGUCUCUGAGGUUCCUCACAAAGUCAUCAAGCUCUUCAGUGACACCCCGUCUCUGUACAAGCUGACUGCAGCAGCCUCCUCUCCAGAGUCUCACACUGAGUUCACUCAUCAGAAAGACCACAGUAGGUCCACUGACCCUUGUGCCACCAGCAGAGACAACCAACACCCACACACACUGCGACGAGAACCAUUCAAGCCUAUCCCCAACAGCUGCCUCGCUGGCUCCCCCAGUGCUGAGAGUUUAGAUAGGAGGUUAUAUGAAGAGAGCUCUCUCAUUACCAAGGAGGACAGUGCAGACUUCCAGGUGGACUUGAGUCAGGCCCCUUUCCAGCACACCUGGAGCCACAACCCAUGGGAGGCAGAUGAGGUGAUAUUUGUAGGCUGGAAUAGAGGAGGACGAGGAGAGGAGUGGACAUCCAGAGCAUCUCUACACCAGGAGCCCCGUGGCUCCCCCAGAGACUACGCGCCAGAGAACCCUGUUCAGACAGACCCCUCGUCAUCAUUCAGCUACAGCACCAACACACAGAGACCAGCGUACUCUGACAACCAGAUGUACUCGUUCUCUACAGUAGGCUACAGUAAACAGCAGCAGUACCCUGAUGGCAGCCUGGCCUCGCCUAGAGGAGCUCUGCCAUGGGGGGGCAGUAGCAGUAACAGCCCCUACAGCACAACCCAGGGGAGGGGUGACAUGAGUGAGACACCUGACUAUGGGACCAGUUAUAGGACAGGGAUAGAGAGGAAGAGGAGAGCAGAGGGCCCAAAGAUGAACAAUGAGAGUAACAUGUUAGACUGCUGAUAAAGCAAGUUUGCAUUUAAAUAUAUUUUUAGAGAUCUCCUUUAGUGGUUUGGGAAAGUUCCAGUAGAGCCUCUAGUGUGGAAAUUAUAUCAUUAUUGAGGUAAAUGUGAGCAAUUACGAGAUUAUAUUGUUCUAUUUUCAUGUAUUCUUUUCAGUUUUAACGCCAUUGAAGAGGGGAAAGCUCUGUUAUGAGAAGGUGUUAGGCUGAAGGGAUGGACAGAUAAGACUAACCUUUUUUCUAAAAUGUCUCAUAUCUGUGAAGUACUGAGAUAUUAAGAUUUGCCUGAAAAGUGAACAGUAUCCUGUCAGUCCCUUGCCCUGUCUACAACUACAGAUAUUAGGUAUGUAAGAAAUACAUGUAGUAUGCUAUAGGUUCUUGAGUGUUCGAAAGACACUAUUAAAUGUUCAACUGUUGUUGGGAAAAUAUCUGUCAAUUUAUGUGUGUUAAGGCUUUUUUUAAUAAUUAUUGUGUUCAUCUUUUUCUAAGAAGGAUAAGAUUAAAUAGACGGUUUUGUUAUAUUUUGACUUCAUAUAAAACAUAAUGCUAAAGAUAAAUAAUUGUAUGUUAUGCUAGGACAAAUACUUUUUAAAUUAAAGCCAAUCUGAAAUGUUGUCCAUCUUUUGUAGCUUUUGCCAGAAUGUGUUAGGAAUUUUAUCAGCAAUAUGAACAAGACAGGAUUAAUAUUUAUGAACUCAAAUGAAUGAAUGACAGUACUUUCCAUUAAUUCAAAUGUUCACUUAAUGCAUAUCUUCUUCCGACUAGUCCAGGGGUGUCAAACUCAUUUUGCCCCGGGGGCCACAUUCGGUCUUCAACGAGGUCCAGAGGGCCACACUUAAAAUGUGUUAUAAUUCCCGCCUAUCAAAAAAAAUGUAAAUGUAAUUUUUUGAAAUGACGAUCCUCGCUGACUGUCUAACUUUCAUUUCGGUGAUCAUUAGAGAGUCGGACACAGUCUAGAACAGGGAUCAUCAACUAUUCAGCCG